GAUGACUGAUGUGUAAAACAUUAUUUACUUGUACUGUAAACUGAUCAUCCAAAUAAUAGUUUGACUAAAGCAGACUAUUUUAUAUCUUAAGUUGUGAACAAAUCAAAUUUUAUUACCUUAGUUGUAAUUUUCCACAAAAUUUCUUCCCGCCAAACACACACCGAAACUAAGACGUUGGUACAACGUUCGAACAAGUUUUAACACCUCCUAACCAGUUAUAACAACCAAUAUAGCAAGUUGUAACAACGUUCUAAUACGUCAUAAACACGUUAAGCCAAGCUGUAACAACUUUAUUACAAGUUGUAACAAGCGGAAAAUAGAGACAGUUUCGGUUUGUGUUUCCCGGGUUGUACUUUAAUGAACGUACAAGAUCGUCAGAGUGAAGACAGUACAGUAUUGUAUAGCUCAGAAAAAUCUCCAGGACUUAUGGAUGGUUCUAAUGUAAGCAGGCCUAAGCCUCUUUGGGAGCUGCCAUCAAGCACUACAACAACUGUCGCUUUCACUUGUUUUCUGGCUGGCGUUUUUAUUGGUCGCAAGUUGAGAAAUGCUGCGCAAAGAGUGACUUCCCUCGUCUCGACUGGACCCACAAAAUUGGCACUUGUGGUCAGAAAUGACUUAAAUAUGGGGAAAGGAAAAAUAGCUGCCCAGUGUUCUCAUGGGACCCUGGCAGCUUACCGACAGAUGCAGAAAAGCAACCCAGGGUUGUUGCAAGCCUGGGAAGAUGCUGGUCAGCCCAAAGUUGUGCUCAGAGCUGCAGACUUGGAUCACUUACAAAAGUUAAAUGAGAUGGCAGCAACAGCUGGAGUAUUAACAGCCAGUGUACAGGAUGCUGGGAAAACUCAAGUAGCCAAAGGUACAGUGACUGUUUUGGCUGUAGGACCAGCAACUGUGGCAGAUGUUGACAAGAUCACAGGUCACCUUAAACUACUUUAACAUUCUAAUAACUUUCAUAUACUGUAUACAAAUGUGCCAUAAUUUCUGACCAUCAUGAAAUGACAAGCUAUUAAGAAUUUGGUUCUUAUUGAGAGCAAGUGAUCAAAAUUUGUAGAUAUCGACAAUUGUGACACUGCAACUUUAAAACAUUUGAAUCAGUGUAAAUAUGUUAAAUAAAAUACUACAUAUACUUAA